AUGGUUAUGGAAGAUCUUACGAACGUCAACAGGAAUCGAAAAUAUAUUUCGGAUGGCUUGAGUGCUGUCAAAAUGACUUUCCUUCAAAAUAUGAAUGAUAUGGCAACGGCUCCCCGAUUCUCUCCGGAAAUGGUGUACCAACACUUCGGUGAUGAGGAAACCAUUUACGGUUAUGAUGAUUUAGAAGUGACAAUUCACCACACUGCUCAAACUCUUCACUGUUACGUUAACAUAAGUUACUCCUCGAAAGUUAAGAACGACAAAGGACUUGAAGCAGAUGAUAUUGUCGAGAAACUUGUUCACCCCGAUGUUCGACCCAAUGUGCUCGUUUCUGGAAAAGGAGAAUUCCAGCAAAAGCUUCUGGGUCAAAAAGAUUUCAAACCGUUUGGAGAGAUGGUUCACAAGUUCCGAAGCAAGGGCAAAGAUUUUGAAGUAUACAGAGUUUCUGAACAGUCAGAAGAGUUCAACCUCUUUCUCGAGAGAAUUCAAACUCUUGGAAUGUUCUUCAUUGAAUGCUGUAGCUUGACGGAUAACUCUGAAGAGAAUUGGCUUCACUAUUUCAUAUAUGAGAGAUGUGAUACCGGCGAAGGAGAUGGAAGUACAGUUGCCAACGUGGUUGGAUUCGCGACACUGUACAAGUUUUAUAAUUACUGUGACAAAAUUCGUCCUCGUAUUGCCCAAAUGCUUCUGCUUCCACAGUACAGAAAAUCUGGAAUCGGAGCUCAAUUCAUGGAGUCUUUUCUUCGCGAUCUCCGUGCUACUCCUGAAGUGUUCGAUGUGACCGUGGAAUCACCUGGAGAGCAAUUCACAUAUCUUCGCGACUAUGUUGAUUGUGUUAACUGCAUGUCUCUCCCCGAGUUUUCGUCGGAAAACCUCAAGAAUGGCUACACUGAAGACAUGCGUUCGGCGUGUCUUACGAAGCUGAAAAUCUCGAAGAUGCAGUCUCGUCGGGUCUACGAAAUUCUUCGUUACCGUGCGACAAACAAGAAGGACAAGGAAGCUCUUAAAGCUCAACGCAUCGAUGUCAAGAAACGGCUCUACGUACCCAUGAAAAGAUCGGAUAAAGAUUGGCGUCGUUUGAAUAUGGCUCUGACUGCAGAGGAACUCCGCCAGGCUGCUUGUGGAGAAAUCGACGAGGACAAUAAAUUUUUAACACUGGUGCAAAUGUAUGACAAACUCAUGGAAUCUUAUCAAAAGACGAUCGAUCGCAUCGAAGCUCACCCCAACAUUUUCUAA